AUAGUCGAGCCUAGAGUCAGUCCAAGCACGAGCCAUACAACUUGUGGCCGCCGCAGCAUAGUUCAUAGUUUCGGCGCGAACGCACGCAAAUGACGUCAAAUUAAAAUAGACUAUUAAUUUACUAGGGGUCGAAAGUAUUAGUGAAGUGUAAAUGGUUUGAAUUAACAGAAAAUUUGAAAAGAAGUGCGUUAAAAUGUCGUUUAUAUUUACGCAUAUUUUCAAUGUGCGGACAGUUAUAGUUCUCAUUUUCACGAUCAUUUACACAGUUUUGUGGUUUCGACAAAAAUUCAGUUACUGGGCAAGACGAGGUGUGUUUGGACCAAAACCGGAAUUCCUCUUUGGGCAUAUAAAGAAAGUCAUUAAAAGGAAGGAACAGUUUUUCCAACCUUAUUAUGAUAACUACUUUAAGUACAAGCAUUUGCCGUACAUAGGCAUGUACUCUUUCCACCAGCCUGUGUUGUCUAUACACGACCCAGAUAUCGCCAAGCUCAUGUUGAUAAAGGACUUCGAUUACUUCCAAUCACGAGGAACAUACGCUGGCGGCGUCGGGGACCCCUUGGCGGCAAAUCUGUUCAAUAUAUUUGGUCGAAGGUGGAAAAUUCUACGGUUGAAAAUGACUCCGACUUUCAAGCCUGGGAAACUGAAAACGAUGUACCCAAUCGUAGAAGAAAUUGCGUCGAAGGCUUUGGAUUACGUCGAUGAACUGCACAAGGAUGGGAAAACAGUGAAUUUCUCAGAUUUCUAUUCAAAGUAUGCAAUGGAGAUUAUAGGCAAUGUUGGUUUUGGUGUUGAGUGCAAUGGUUUUAAGAACCCCGAUUCUGAGUUUUAUAUCAGAGGACACGAGUAUUUUGAUCACAAAUCUCAUUACUGGAGACUAAUUCGAGCCUUUGCGUUCUUCGCUCCAGAUACAUUCGAUAGCUUGAAAAUAAGACGAAUAAGUUCUAAAAUCGAGGACUUUUUCUACGGCAUAGUGAAAAGCACCGUUCAGUAUCGUCAGGAAAAUUCCGUGACGCGGAAUGACUUCUUGCAGACACUUAUUGAAUUAAAAAAUGAAAAUGUAGGUGAUGAGAAAGAAAACAUGGAAUGCACUGCAGUGACACAUUUACCCUUCACGAUGACGGACGUGGCAGCAAACACUAUGCUAUACAUGAUAGCCGGCUAUGAGACUUCGGCCACAACCGGGCAAUUCGCAGCCUACCAGUUAGCCUUGAACCCUGAGGUCCAAGCCAAAGCUCGGGAGGAGGUUCUCAGGGUACUGGCUAAACACAACGGGGAAUGCACGUACGAAGCACAAAACGAAAUGGGAUAUCUAAAUAUGGUUCUAGACGAAACAAUGCGGAUACAUCCGUCGAUGCGGGCAUUGUUCAGACGAUGCAACAGAGACUACAAGUUGCCCAACAGUGACCUUGUCAUAGAGAAAGGCACGAUGGUGUUCAUCCCAACGCAUGCCAUACAUAUGGACCCGGAUAUCUUCCCGGAUCCGGAUAAGUUCGACCCAGAACGAUUUGCCCCGGAAAGAAAAGCGAAGAUGCAUCCGUGUCACUGGAUGCCUUUUGGAGAAGGACCCAAAAAGUGUUUAGGAAUACGACAAGGCUACAUCCAAUCAAAGAUGGCGUUGAUCAAAGUUCUUCAGAACUACGAAUUGAUACUCGACCCACGGACGCCAGUGCCAAUGAAAAUAAAAAGCUCUUCCCUAGUCUAUGCCGCGGACGGAGGAGUCUGGCUCAAACUGAAAAGACUUGAGACGUAACUCACGUCGUUAUUAUAGUUGUAUUGUAAUAUUAUAUUAAUUAUAAGAAUAUUAUGAAUUAGGCGGUGAAUAAAUGGAAGUCAGUA